CGUCUUGUCCUUGUGAUUGGUGAUACCUCUCUCGUCAGCCGCCGUCGCUUGGUACCACCGUCACACAACGCCCUAAAUCAGAGAGAGAUUCAAUUACCGGGCGAGGGGAAAUCGCAUGUAAAUGAAAGGUGAAUGCGUGUCGGGUGCAGAGAUAUUGGCCAUUUAUCGGGCACGAGGGCAGCCCCGAUCGAGUGCUUAUCGAUUCUUUUACGUGUGUGUGAGAGAGAGAGAGGAGGUGGUGGGCUGGUCGCUGGUGAUUCCUUCCCGUUUCGGGGUUCUGUGGGGAUGUUGUUGCCCUUCUCGAAACGAUCUCUUGUGUGAAAAGGUGUUGUGACUCAUACGACAAAACAGUUCACUGUCGCUUAAACAUUCUCAAGCUCUCGUCUGAAGACAGCAGCGAUCUUCUUCGUCUUCUCUCGCUUUGGACUCGGAAGCUUUCCAUGUUGGAGUAAAAAAAAGAAAAAAGGGUCCGAUUCAUCAUCAUCCAUGAGAUAUCGGCUUCGUCUCUGGAAGAGAAACAGAGACCAUUUCUCAAAAGGUAUGUUGUUCGUUCAGCAUCUGCAGAAACCGAAGGUAAUGUAAAGGAAAUAAAAAAGAAAAAUUAAAACGACAAGGAAGAGAAAAGGCGAAGACCCAGACAACGACAAAGGAAGCAGAGUGACGUCACUGUAACCUCUCUCGAUGCUUUCCUACCCAUGAGGGUAUAAACAGGCAGAAUUAGGAGGACAAGCGGUGAACCAAGUCUCUACCCUGGUGGGAAGGAGGGGAAGGAGGGGGCGUUCUUUCCGCAUGCCUAGGAUAAUGGGUGGUUACCAUGGAUAAUGAACAACCGCAUCAGGAGCUGGUGAAAUGUGUGGUUGUGGGGGACACGGCCGUGGGCAAGACGCGCCUUAUCCGCGCCCGGGCCUGCAACAAGCAGUUCUCCCUGUCGCAGCUGCUCAACACCCAUGUACCCACCGUCUUCGCCAUCGAUCAGUACAGGAUCUACAAGGAGGUUUUGGAGCGAUCAUGUGUGGUAGUUGAUGGUGUGAAUGUAUCCCUGCGGUUGUGGGACACGUUCGGGGACCAUGAUAAAGAUCGACGCUUUGCUUAUGGCAGGUCGGAUGUGGUACUACUAUGUUUCUCAGUGGCCAACCCCAUUUCUCUGCGAAACUGUCGGGUCAUGUGGUACCCAGAGAUCCGACGUUUCUGCCCCAACACUCCGAUCUUAUUAGUUGGAUGUAAGAAUGACCUAAGAUACAUCUGCAAAGAUGAGGAGUACCUGCGGUAUUGUCAAGAGCGAUCGCCUCUUGUUAGACCUGUCAGGGAAUGCGAUUUGGUAAUGCCAUGUGAAGGUCGAGCAGUUGCCAGAGAAAUCGGUGUUCCCUAUUAUGAAACGUCGGUGCUUACUUAUUUUGGAGUUAAUGAAGUUUUUGACAACGUCAUAAGAGCCGCCCUAAUAUCCCGGAGACAGCAACGCUUCUGGAUGACUAGCCUCAAGCGCGUCCAGCGACCUACUCUACAGGUGCCUUUCUGCCCGCCCAAGCCCAAGGUUCAAAAACCGUCAACUGUGGUUAGCACAAUGCGCGAGAACCUCCAUUGUCUGUACUCUAGUGCUGCCUUCACAGACCUGGUCCUGGUAGCUCGAGAUAGCACCACAUCAGAAGAAAUUGUAGUCCAUGCUCACAGAUUUAUGGUUGCUGCUGCAUCAACUGCCUUCCAUAAGCUGCUCAUGACUGAUCUCUCAGACUGUGUGGCUACGCGUCGUAGCUCUGACUCUAGUAUGUUGAGUGGGACGUUUGGAGACACAACCUUAGGGAACUUCAAUUCUGACACCGAGUGUCUCCUUGGAAAUGAACACUCACAGCCAAGACCAACGAGGUCAGAUAAGGGAAUUAGAAUAAGAGAGGCUGUCAAGCGAAGGUCCAGUAUGCAGACAUUACCGCAAGAGCAACGUCCUGGAAUUCAUCGAGAACUCAACCACGCAGCCUUCCAAGCCAUUAGUAUAGAACAGUGGGACGAUAGAGGAAGUGAGCGAAACAACUGUGAUCGCAGUCCACGCCAAAGCCUUGCCUGGGUACCUAUUCAGACUGUAGUUCAUCUCAGUAAGUUGGUUAGUGGGUCAGUUCUACAUGCUUUAGUGCAUUUUCUGUACACUGGUACCAUCUUCUGCCGGGAGUGUCAUCUGCCAUACACUGAACUGAGUGAUCUUAAACAAGCAGCAGAAUUCUUAGAACUCCCAGAGCUCCAAUUGUAUGUCACAAAUCUCAUGACAGAAGAAGAAUUCUUAAAUAAUGAACUCUCUCAGCAGUACCUUCAGAUGUUGUGUGGGCGACUGCGAGAGUUGUGUUUAGAAGGUGGACUGUUUUCAGAUGUCCUUUUCCAGCUAGAAGAUGGAACCUGUGCAGUUCACAGACCUUUGCUUAUGGCAAGAUGUGAUGUCAUGCAUGCCAUGUUCUCAGGGGACUUCCGAGAAAGCAAUGCAAAAGUGAUAACGUUUCCUGGUGUGAAGCAGAGGACGUUCCAAAUAUUGUUGCAGUUUUUGUACACGGAUAGUAUCCCCACUCUUAAAAUCAGGGAAUGUCUCCCCAUCAUAGAGUUAGGCAACCGGCUGUGUCUUCCGCGACUUAUAUCCCUGGUUGAAAAUGAAAUCAUUGACCUUUUCCAGCGUAUAAUCCAAGCAGGUGGUGAUGUAAGCGAAGAUUGUAUCUACCUGUUGGAACCUCUUCAGAUGCACAAUGCUGACCAAUUAGUGGAGUGGUGUUUAACGUGUAUGGCUACAAAUUACAACCACGUGUGCCAUAAAAUGUCCAAGCAGUUACGCUCCUUACAUCCAGAAAACCAAGCAUAUCUGAACAGGCAUAGAUGGCCACCAGUAUGGUACCUGAAAGACUAUGACUACUAUGAACGCUGCUUAACAGAACGCCAAAGAGAAGAAAAUCCUGUUAAGCCUCUGAAGAGGUCCCGCAACACUGCAGGUUGUCUUUGCUUCACAUCCAAGAGUCGCAGGAAUGCAGAGAAACAAAACUAUCGCACAAUAAGCAGAAGGACGUGGGAAACCAUAAACGGGUUACGUGCUUCUCUGAGCCGGGCCAGAAAAUGGACGUCUACAGGGUCAAAGAACUGACAGGCAAGAGGCAGGCUCUGGCUGCGACAGAAGCGAAGUCUGCUUCUCUGCUGUGUCAUGCAAUUCCUGGAACUGUUUUAUAUGAUUCCAAAGACUUUUUCAUUUCUGUAGAGUGACUGCAGCUGUGAGCUCCUUGCCAGUUGUAGGCUAAAAUCUCUUUCACAGCUUGAUGUCACACUUUUGUCAUGAAGGAAUCUCCAAUUCUUUUUCUUUGACUCAAGAGCUGUUAAAGUAUCUUUUAGCUUAUUAAUGGUUAAUUGUAUAAUGAAUUGAUAUGUGUUCAAGCUCAAUUUUGUUAGAACAUUUCAAACCAGUGCUAUCAUUUUGCAGGAACCUUGUUCUUCAUAUCACUGUAUGCCACAUAAAAGUAAUUUUAUAUGAUUACCUUAAUUUUUAGAUUUUUAUAUUCAGACAUAUUAACACAAAGAGGUAAAUGAUAUAUUUACCACCUUGUUUGGUGUCUUUCAGUGGUUGGCCUAUAUUGAUGUUCAACUUUUGGAUUUUUUUUUAUUGUUGCUCGACUUGAGUUAUUUCAGGUCAAGCUGAAUAUUUAUUCUUGAACUGUACUAAAAUGUUAAGGAUUUUGAAGUUCUGGGCAAGUAAGUGAUAAAAACAGAACUGACACAAAUAUCUAGCUUACACAUUUGAAUAAAUAACAGCUCUAGUUGGCUGUUCUUUAUCAAAUGGAAAUAUUUUGCUUUGUUUUGUCACAUAAUUACCAGUGAACUCCAACAUUAUUUUUUUCUUCAUGCAAUUCCUGCCAAAUGUGCCAGGCCAUGGAAUCUGAUGUUUAUAAGUUAGUCACAUAAGGUGUUACACACUAAUUGAAGUGAACAAAAUGUGCAGGUUUUUUAUACAUAUCUUGGUAUGGUCAUUUGACAAAUUAUUUUGAUUGCACAAUACACAGGAAACUCAUUAUCAUUUGGGAUACUUAUAACCAUAUUUUUCUUUUUGGUUGAAAGAACUUACUGACAUAUAGUUACUGGGUUUCUGAGUGGACACCUUUUAUUAAUGUGAUUAUGUAAAAGACUAGAAAUUGUUACUGAUACAAGUAAUCAGCACAAGCAUUCUAUUUGCAAGUGAAUGGGGCUUCUUCAAAGAAAGACAAUGUCUGCUUUCAAGGAAUCACUACAUUAUAAUUUAACAUAACCAUGUACGUAUAUGUGUCACCAAGGUACUGUACUACAGUAUGUACCUGUUUUAAUAAGGACAUGCAUUUGCAUGAAUCACAAGCUGUUCCCUUGCUAGAACUUGUCACUUCAGGAUGAAGGGAAUGGUUUGGAUCUGCAAAACAUGAAAUUUUUAAAAAAUAUCAUCUUUGAGUGGUUGCUAAAAUUCUUGCAGUAUAACUUGGAGAAUUUACAUACAGUACACUUUGUAAUAAGUGCUUACUACUUUAUAACAUUUGCAAUAUAUCAUUAUACCAUUUUUAAAUGUCUAAUUAAAUUUAUCAUUAAUUUUCAUUGGUAAAGUACUGAAUGAAGCAUUUUCAUAUGUGACCAAUGUUCCUAAGAGGGCAGUUACUUUUUCAGUUCAUGCAUAUAAGCUGUUUCUGCUAAAGUCAAAUUGUCUUUCGUCAUGGAAAAGAAGUCUUCUAUUUUUAUCCUGUAAGGUUAUUUUUUUACCUCAAUUCAUCAGUUCAAUAUUACAGGUGAACAUAGAGAAAAAUUGGAUUUUGGUUUUAUAUACUACCUGCUAUUUUUUCCUUUUUUAUCUGUGGCUUGCUGGGAGACUUAGAAGAAGCUCCUUCUUAGAGUUGUUGAUAUAUCUUUUAUGUGCUUUACUUUUGCAUGGUUUUGAUGCCAGGAAUCAUUUCCCACCACAGACAUGUGAUACUGCCUGGACCAGUUUCUUGUGUGUAGGGCUAGAAUGUGCAAAUAGAGUACAGUCAUGUGAACCAUUCUGCAUAUGUGUACUGGAUCCAAACCUUUUUAAAGCUCAUUAUUAUUCAGUCAUAAAUUUUAUAUACCAUUCAUAAAUCAUUCUAGAGGUAUUCUUAAGUAUAAUUGCUUACGCUACACAUUGACCAUUUUUAUAUGACAUCUUUCACUUGGUAUCAUGAUUCAUGUGCUGAACCAUAUUUUCAUUAUUUUGAUGAUUUAAGGAGGUUUGGAAAGCCAUUUCAUAUAACAGUUAGUGUUAUAAACACAACUUAUAUGAUGUUGAUUUCAUCUUGUGAAGAACAGUGAGGCUUUGUACUUUUCUAAGGAUGUAAUGUAGCCAUCACCUUGAAUGUUUGAAGUCAAUUUGUCCUGUUUAUUAUGUGUGUGAAGACAAGAUAGUUGCCACUGAGGUUGCAGAAACUGUAGUUUUUGAAUAUGCUGACACCUCAUCAGUAGUACAACACUGUCCAAUUAAGAGCUUCGUUGAAAGAUUACCCUUUAGAAUGCCAGCAAAUUCUGCAAACUGUAGGAUCACUAUUUUGGAAGAAGUACUUUUAACAGUAAAGAAUUAGAACAUUGUGCUCAAGUAUAUUGUAAAUGCUGUGUUUGGAGUAUGAACUUGAUGACGAGGUUCAAAGUAUUAUACUAGUUACUUUUAGUUUUAUAUUUAGGUGACUUUGAAAGAGAUAAAGUAAAACAAUUGAAGCUUAGAAAAAAAGAAAACAGAUUUUGUGAGGAGAAUUUUUUGUAUGUGAAAUUUACCACAUUUAGGAAUUAUUUCUUUGGUGCCAGUAAAAACUGCCAGGAACAGUAAACUGGGAGAAGUGAAUUCUUUAAUAGAUCAAGGGUUGAUUGAGAGAGAACCAACACAAAAGAUCCAGCAGGUAAGGAGCAUUAUCACAUUCAGUAAUACAUUUAUCUUUUUGGGGGGUUCAACUGUAAAGACUGUUCUCAGUCAGGAACAGCCACUUGGGAGUAGGAAUGAAUCUGUAGUGUCAUUUCAUGAACUUCAAAUUUUGAUUCAUUAUGAGAGCUAUAAUUUUUUUUAUUUCUUUAUCAUUUACAUUUUCAUGAGUAUGUAAACAUUCUUACAGUUCUAGUAGCAGCUAUUCAACAGUGCCAGUUGUUUGACAUCUACUGUAUUUUACAGUGCCACUUGUCAUGAUGUCUGUUGCUCAGUCAGUUAGUUUUAGAAAAUGUUCCCAUUUAUUCAUUAAUCCCCUUCAGAGAUGAGAGUAUGAUAUUCUCCUAAUUGGUAUGACUGUCAAAUGCCUUUCUGGUUCAUAAUUUUCACUCUGUGGUAGAUUGUAUAAUCGUGUUUAAACCUUUUACAUUUAGUUCUUUUGCUUUAUUGUCUUUUAUAAGUUAGAUGUACAUUUUCAGUUUUUAUUGUAUUUGUUGUAGUUUUUAAUACAUUUUGAUAAUCAUGGA